CAACUUUUGCUCGUUUGCAGGGGAAUCGCUGAAAAAGACGCAUCUUCCCCGCACGGCCUCCGUCUCCUGAUUCCCGACUACCCCUAUGCCGUCGACGGCCUCUCCGUGUGGUCGGCCAUCGAAAGCUGGGUCCUGGAAUACACCUCCCUCUACUACCCCUCCGAAGUCUCCAUCCAACACGACUCCGAGCUCCAAUCAUGGUGGACCGAACUCCGCCAAGUCGGCCACGGCGACCACAAACACCAACCCUGGUGGCCCCCCCUCACCUCCCUCCCCCACCUAGUCCAAAUCGCCACCACCAUCAUCUGGAUCGCCUCCGCCAUGCACGCCGCCGUUAACUUCGGCCAGUACCCCUACGCCGGCUAUCUCCCCAACCGCCCCACCGCCAGCCGCCGGUUCAUGCCCCAACCCGGUUCACCCGAGUUCGCCGAACUCAAAAAAAACCCGGAUCAAGUCCUUCUGAAAACCAUCACGAACCAGAUUCAGACCAUCAUCGGCAUUUCGUUGAUCGAGGUCCUGUCCAGUCACGCCAGCGAUGAGAUUUAUUUGGGCCAGCGGGCCAGCGGAGAGUGGGCCAGGGAUGCUCGGGUCAAUGAUGCGUUCAACCGGUUCGGUUCGAGGCUGAAGGAGAUUGAGAAGCGGAUCGAUGAGUUGAACCGCGAUCCGGUUCUGAAGAACCGGAGGGGACCGGCUCAGAUGCCUUAUACGUUGCUGUCGCCUUAUAGUGAAGGUGGGAUCACUGCUAAGGGUAUUCCCAACAGUAUAAGUAUUUGAGGUGAGAAGAAAUAUCUUU